GGUGUCCGUCGACCGUCCGAUACCGACCAUGCCGUGAGUUCUGCUGACGCCGCAUGGCACAGCCCAGGGCCGCUAACUGCAGACACCCUCACAGAAACUUCACCACGACAGGACUCUAUCAGCACAUCAGUCCACCAAGAGCGGUGCCCGCACUGAAGCCCGAAGCGUUGAGGCAGUGGCUAAAGGAGGGAGACAUCGAACGUCUCCGCCAACUGGUCACCGACGGUCAGGGCCACCGUCUGUUGGGAGAACGUCCUCCUGUGCCAGCUGCCCGCAGUUUCCUGAGAACCCUGCCCUCGCUGAUGGCCCGGCAGGAGGAAGUGCACAUCGCCGCCGAGGAUGGCAAGACGGAAGAAGUGGCCGCCAUGCUGGACAAGGGCGAUGAGGGUGCCCGUCUUGCUGUGAGCAAGGAUGCCGCUGGUCUCGGCCUCCUGCACAAAGCCGUACUCAGGGGCCAUAUUGCCCUCGCAGAGAUGCUGGUCGAGAAGUAUCCACAGACCAUCAAUCUUAAAGACCACGAAGGGCGGACGGCAUUGCAUUACUGCGGUGCCAGUCCAGAGGCUAACUACAUGUGGGGAUUGCUGGAGGCGGCGGGGGCGGACCUAGACGUGGUGGACCGCCGAGGUAACAGGGCCAAGCACUACCUCAACAUGAGCAAAAACGCUUCUGGAAGCAGCUUAGGCUCAUUGAAAAGAGUGCGGCGCCAGGAUCCAGACCUCCCUGUGAUUGUGACUCGGGCUCACAUACGCAAAUGGAUUCACGAGCGAGAUCUGUCGAAACUGGAAAAACUGCUGUGGGCCGGCCACGGGGACCGGCUUUUGCCCGAAACCAGCGCCAGUCCCAAGGUCCGCAGCUUCCUCGAGUCAGUUCCUUAUAUCCUGACGGUGAUAAAAGAGGCUCAUUGUGCCGCUGUCACGGACAACCUGCAACUCUGGCGUUUGCGAACGUCGCCCCCUGUACCUGAGCACGUAGUCAUAAGUAAGGAUAAGAAUGGUCUCACCCCACUCCACAAGGCUGCUGGUCUCGGCCACUUGGAGAUUGUGAAAGAGAUUUUGUCGCGCUUCCCGGAUGCACAGAAAGUUGCGGACGAAACAAAGAAAACCCCUUUGCACUAUGCAGCUCUCUUGAAAACGGAACACCCCGUUUACAAAGCUCUUUUAGACGCGGGAGCCGAUGAGAAUGUCUUGGAUAAGAAAGAACGCUCGCCUUUGUACUAUGCACAACACCCAAAUGAUCACAUUGACACGACCUUGCUGAGCCAAGUUCCUGAAGCCCCUAGGGCACAUAGCAAGCUCCCCUCCAGCUGGAACUGGAACUCACUCACGGUGGCUCCGAAUGCAAUUGCUACCAACAUGGUGCCCGAACCUCUUCCAUUGCCGCCGAUGCCCAAAAAAGUUGAAAAACCACCCCUGCCAAACAUUCGACCUCUGCCCGCGAAACCAAAGGAAACGGUAAACUUAGAAUCACAACAAAAAACCGAACCAAAAACCACUCAGGAAACAAGUGGGACCAAAUUCGCACCAUACCUGCCGCUAAACUCAAGAAAGCCUGUCACCAAUAAAUCAACCAACGAAAGCAGUAGUUCAAAAUUCGCCCCUUCCAGUCCACUAAAGCCUCUUGAAACCUCAGUGGGUAGGUUCAUUCUACCUCAAGCUGCUCAACCACCAACGAGUCCAGUGAAAGCGCUGGACACUUCAGGCAGCCGACUCAACACAUCCCACGGCGCCAUCCAGUAUAUUCGCAAUUUUGAGAAUUUCGGCACGAGAAUAAUAUCCACUCCAUCCGUUUACGUGAGCAGGCAUCCCUUGUCGACCAUUCCUAUUGCUGCCAAUGCUUUUCCCAAUCCCCGGGAUUUUGACAUCACGCAGACUCCACCCACGACCUUUUCCUUUUCACCAAACACGUCCACGAAAAAUCCGAUGGGGUUCACCCUGAGCAGGAUCAAUACUCCUUACAACCCUACCAUAUUCCAUUCUCGUUUCGCUCCUCCGGUGCCCAGCACCGCUCCUGAGUCCACUCCCGCCCCUGUGGCCUACACGACAGCCGUGCCCAGCACCGCACCCUCAGUAACCACUUCCUCGAACCGACCUUUGGAAGGGCUCACGGAGCAAGUUGAGGCUAUCCCUGAAACACCGCAGCCUCCCGCUCCUGAGCAACCGCCUCAAGCGGAAAAUCUUACUGAAGAAAAUGCUCCUAAUUCUUCGCCAGAAGAAAUUAAACCGAACCCUGAGGAGAUCAAACCCCCGCAGAAUGAAAAAGGAAUGAUUUUAGCUUCGGACAAGCCUGUGAGGCCUAUCUCGCCUCCAGGCACCCGAAUGCACGCGCCAUUGAUUGAAAAGUGGGUCCGCAACCUCGAUAUGGCUCGGCUGGAGGACGCGCUACUCGAAGGCCGCGGGCCGCGAGUAAUGAAAUUGAUCAGCAACUCCCCUAAGCAGGAGGAGUUCAAGGCUUUCAUUGAGCGUGCCCCCGGAUUCAUGGAGGCAAUGAAAUUAGUGCACUCGGCUGCCAGGACGGGAAACAUGAAUCAAAUGAACGAUCUACUUGAAGUUUACAAGAGGAUUGUUUUAGCCAGGGAUGAAGAAGGUGCCCAGCCCCUCCACGUGGCGGUCAGGGCGGGAAACGAGACGAUGGCCAGAAAUUUGCUCAACAUUUUUCCACAGGGAGCAACAAUACCUGAUUGGGAGGGACGAACGCCUCUUCAUUACGCUGCAAUGUGUCUCGACCCAGAAAAAGCUAUGAUUUGUUACCAACUUCUUUUGGCACAUGGAGCACCAGAAAAAGCGAAAGAUGCUACUGGAAACACGGCACAAGACUAUCUUGAAGAAACGCAAAGUCAAUUAGUGGAGCAAUUCGACCCAGCAGUUGUUGAUUCGGAAAUAGCACAAGCCAAAGUGGUAGAAGUUGAAGCUGCCACCGCCGAAAUUAUGCCACCAAGAUCCUCUAACGAAGAUCCUGUUCUAAUUGAAGCAAAAAAGCUUGUUGUAGAAGAAAACACAGAAAAACUAGCCGAAAUGGUUCUCAACGGUCAUGGAGAGAAGCUUUUGGGGCUUCGCUCUGACAAUCCUUACGUCCAGGGGCUUUUGGAAAACGUCCCAGAUUAUAUGAUCAAAAUCCAUAAAGUGCACGAAGCUGCUGAAACGGGUGACAUAGUUUCCCUUCAGAAAGCCUUGGAGCGACGCAAAUUUGUCACCUCCAGGGACAAAUACGGUGCCACUCCACUGCACAAAGCUGUGCUACACCAACAAGUGGGAGUUGUCCGUUAUCUUGCCGGCCGAUUUCCUGAAUCUCUCAGGGCACAAGAUCAAGCAGGCAGAACGGCUUUGCACUACUCGGCCGUUCUGGCCGAUAGGGGCAACAUAUACGGCAUUUUGGCGUCGCUUGGAGCAGAUAUCAACGUUAGAGACAUGCGUGGACGCACUGCCUUGGACUAUCAAUUGCACCACGAGCAAAAGCAAAGUCAUGCAAAAUUGCUCUUUGAGCUGGGCGCUGACCCGUCGCUGGCCGCCCUCGAUCCUCUAGACCCGACGGCAACACUAGCAACCUCAGCGGCUGGAGCUUUGACCAUGGACAUGCUUGAACCCGAGCCGAGGAACCUGACUUUUGGUACCGAACCACCUAUUGUGAAAAAUUCAUUGCCACCGGACACAGCACACUACGACGGAAAAGCACUUCAAGAGCCACUGCUCGAGGGCCUGAAGGAGCAAGAAUCAAAUGGCGCGAUGACCCCCGAAACAAGCAAGAAGCCCCUCGACGGCGGCGAUGACGCGACUGAGGAGCAGCGCCUGUUGACGGCGCCAUCGCGAGGCCACGAUCAACGCCUCGAAACGGCGGGCUCGAUGGCGAGUGGCGUCGGCAGCACCAACAGAGACGAGUUCGGCCAGAGCAUGCUGCACUUCGCGGCUGUGCGCGCACACAGCCGUAACGCUUUCGCCCAAAUCCUCAGGGAGGCUGGGCUCAGCGUCGGACAGCGGGACUUGCUUUACAGGACGCCUAGGGACGUCGCCCUCGAAGCUGGACUGCCCGAGAAUGCGAGGGAUAUAGAUGAAUGGGUUUUGCUUCUCGCCAUGGAAGGUGACACAACCAGACUUGAAGAGUUGCUUAUGGACGGCUACGAUCACAUCCUGGACGUGAAAAACGCGAAAGGCGACGGAAUUCUCGAUUUGGUGUCGGCAGCAAACGUACAGGAAAGUGUUUCUUUCUUAACGUCAGUCUCCGUUUUCGAGAGCCGCCGCGAUUGGAUCCACUCGGCGAUUCGAGACGGCGACUUGGGCAAAGUGCGCGAGGUGCUCACUUCUAGUCGGCUUGCAGUGGCGCGCAACAAGUUCGGAAGGUGCGCCCUUCACGUCGCAGUGCUAGCCGAGAAGGAGCAAAUCGUCGAGUUCAUCGCGAUCAAGUUUCCAAUUUGUCUAGCAGCCGGAGACAAUCUGGAGAGAACUGCGUUGCACUAUGCCAUGGCGAUGGAAAACGCUGAGAAGUUGAGCAUGAUUCUUGUCAAGGCGGGAGCUAAGAGGGUUAUCAAAGAUUUGAGGGGGAGACAGCCGUCGUUUUACUUUGUCAACAGAGAUGAAGUUCUUAAUCUUAAAGAGGAGGAAAUGAAGGAAGUGCAGGAGGCGCAAUAGGCUCAUGGAAAGCAUCAACAGAACUUAUAUCAUACAAUGUACCUGUAGAAUCUAAGGUUGUCAGCCUCCAGUUUUCAAAAAACGUUCAUAUUUUUUAAUAAAUUCAAAUCGGCACUUUCAAUGAAAACCUGGAAGCUUGCAACCCUAGAAGAAAUAUUUAUGUGCAUAGAGCUUCGAUAAUUUAUAUAUAUUUACAAGUAUGCCUCAAAUUUAAUACGAUUUGUAAUGCUUUAGAAACGUAUUAAAAUCUUUAAAAAUAGCAAAAUAUUUUUUUAUCAA